AUGGAUGGAGGACCACGGUUUUUACGACAAUGGAUGAAGGACCAAGGUUUUUACGACAAUGUAUGGGAGACUAAGGUUUUUACGACAAUAGAUGGGGGACCAAAGUUUUUACGACAAUGGAUGGGGACCUGGUUUUUACGACAAUGUAUGGGUGGCCAAGGUUGGGGGACUAAGGUUUUUUACGCCAAUAGAUGGUGGACCAAGGUUUUUACGCCAAUAGAUGGUGGACCAAGGUUUUAUCUGAGUGUGAAGAGGAAGAGUAGAAGAUCAAAAUGUCGGACGACGAAUCUCGACUACAUGACGAGGAUUGCGUGUCCGAAACACGUGUCGGUAGCAUGA